GCACACCUGGAUUCAGGAAGUGCUGUGACGUCAGCAGGGCUCAGGAAUGCCUCAGGAAUCCGAGCCGAAAAAUCCUGUUCGACCUGUCCGGGUUUCGGCGCGCGUAUAUUAGUUUGAGCCGACGGCGAAGCGACGCUUCCGAGGCGUUAACUCUCUCACCGGUGCUGAGGAGUAUUUAUUUAUAUAUUGAUUUAUAUUUUUUUCUACAUCUGCCGGAGUAAAACAAAACUGCGCUACAACAAUGUCGGGAAAGUCGAGUAUUUUACCUGACGACCAGGUCUUCGCCGACUUCAAGAAGCAGUGCUUGUCAACCGAGAACUGGCUGAACAAAUAUGACAAGAACGACAUGCAGGUGUGGAUAGAGCAGCCGAAUCCUUCCAACAGGGUGGGAAACAAUUAUCCUAAAGUUCACAAGAUAAAGUGUAAGAUGAUGAUCAAAGAUGUGCCAGCUGCCACCAUGUAUGACGUUCUCCACGACGGCGAGUACCGCAAGAAGUGGGACCCCAACAUGCUGGAGAGCUAUGACAUUGCCAAACUUUCUGAUAACGCUGAUGUGGGCUACUACUCCUGGCUUUGUCCGAAGCCGAUAAAGAACAGAGAUGUUGUGACUCUGCGUUCGUGGAAAGUGACGGACGAUGAGUACAUUAUCGUUAACUUCUCAGUCAAACACCCGAAAUACCCGCCUGUCAGUCAUCUCGUCAGAGCCGUUUCCAUCCAGACUGGAUAUUAUAUCAAAGCCACGGGACCAAAAAGCUGUAUGUUCAUCUACCUUUCCCAAGCUGACCCCAAAGGUGCUCUUCCGAAGUGGGUCGUGAACAAAGCCUCGCAAGUCCUCGCCCCACGGGUGAUGAAGAGCGUGCACAGGGCGGGACAGAACUAUCUGCAGUGGAAGCAGGAGAACUCUCCCAGCCUGAAGCCGUGGCUCUACCCGGAGCAGAGCACCCUGCCCAUGAUGAACCCCGCCCAGCUGUCCGUACAGAGAGCCGACUCGCUUGAAAACGUGGACGAGAUGUCCAAGGUGGACGCUCUGGACGGCGAGGACAGCAGCUAAAAUCACACACAAGCUGGAUGGGGGACUGCGGGAAACGGACAGUAUAAAUAUAUAUAUAUUUUUUAGAAAAAGACAUUUGGACUCUCAACUUGAUCAACCCAAUACUUGUGUUUUUCCAAAAUCGGUGUGCCUUGUUUUAAUGUUUUGGAUUACACGUUUACAGCUGUCUUAACGAGACCGAAACGAGCACAGAUCCAGUCCAGCCGAGUCAGAGGUGGUGGGCUUUUAUUGUGACUGUUGGAGCACUACAUUACAACAGAAACUCUGUCCAACUUUUUAUUUUUAAUGUUUAAUUUAAUGCAUCCAUGAACACAAAAAGUGGAAACUGACACUUUAAACCUUUUCUUGAAGCUCCUACACGUGCAUCAAAGUCACUUUAUAAAGUUAAUUUGGUCACUAAGAAUGGGGGAAAAAAAUUAAUUUCAUGCGAUUAGUUCAGAACUUGUGCAAUCGAACAAAUUCUAAACCCACUCUGACAGAAGGAUGUUAAAAUCUGAAGUUGUGAAUAUUUUAUAAAUUGAGAAUCACUUUACCUGAACAAUGGGAAUGACCAGAAAUGGUGUAUUUUAUUGUAUUUAUUUAUUACUUUAAGCUGAAGAAGUCAGGAUGACUCUGCCAUGAAGCCCUGCAGGCUGAGAUGUAGGUUUUUUUUUUUUUGUCGUUUUAGUUUUUCUCCGAUAAUUCAAAGAAUUGUGCGGGAUUGACUUUGACUUUUUUGUAUAAAUAAACCUGACAACCUUUUUAAA